AUGUCCAUUGACCCAGAGACGCGCAGAAAACUCUUGAGUUUGCAAAAGACUGGCGAAAACAAAAAGUGUUUUGACUGCUCAGCUCCCAAUCCGCAAUGGGCGUCGCCUAAAUUUGGUAUAUUUAUCUGCUUGGAAUGUGCUGGUGUCCAUAGAGGCUUGGGUGUUCACAUCUCCUUUGUGAGAUCCAUCACCAUGGACCAGUUCAAGCCGGAAGAGACUUUACGCAUGGACAUUGGUGGUAAUGCCAGAUUGAAGAAAUAUUUCGUGGAAAACGGCAUCGAGUUGGACUUGCCUCCCAAAUUGAAAUACGACAAUUAUGUUGCUGAGGACUACAAGGAGAUUUUAACUUGUGAGGUCGAGGGCAAGGAGUUUGUACCGAAGGAUCACUCUGGUCAGACAUUGCCUGAUAAAAACACGCCUGCAACUAACAAGACAACUGCAAACGCAACUGCAGCUUCUAGUAUGAGCGGUGGCACAGCUGGGUUCCCAAAUGAAGACCAGAAACUCCAGAAUGAAGCAUACUUUGCCAACUUGGGUGCCAAGAACGAGUCGAGACCCGACAACUUGCCCCCUUCACAAGGCGGUAAAUACGCUGGUUUUGGUAACACGCCGCAACCAGCAGCGCCAUCAAGCAAUGGCGGUUCGUCAUUAUCCAAUUUCACCAUGGAUAAUUUCCAAAAGGACCCACUUGGAACUUUCACUAAAGGCUGGGGCUUGUUCUCAUCAUCAGUGGCUAAAUCGGUGCAAGAGGUCAAUGAGAGUGUCAUUCAGCCUGGCAUCAACUCGUUCAACCAAAGUGAACUUGGCACUGAGACGAGAAAGGCCAUGGCGCAAUUUGGCCAAAAGAUGCAGGAGACUGGUAAGUAUGGCCAAGAAACUUUCCAAAGUUUCACCAAGGACAUUCACAAUGAAGGGUUUAACAAAGCUGUGGACCAUCGCUUCAAUGGCUUAUGGAAUAGGGGCCAGCUGAGUAAUGAAGUCCCCAAUGCGUUUGGGUUCAAGAAAUCCGAAAGCGGCGUCAAGUACGAGAGUUUAUCUGGUGGUACCACUAAAAAGCACGAAGAGGAUGAUAAAUGGGAUGAUUUCUAG